AAAUACCCAACACUUCCUCUUCCUUCCUCCCCUUUUCUCUCUCUACUCUCUCUCUCUUUUAGGUUCAUUAUAGAGCAUUAGCAUUAGCAUUAAUGCUUAAUAUGGGGGAAGAAGAUGUUAGGUCGUUUAACUGCGAGAUUCCUGAGAACGAGUUCACUCCCACUGAAAUUGAAGAGCUUUUGUCUCUCUUUGUGGUGAACGACGGGCCACCGAGUCCCGGCUCCGAUUCGCAGGGUUCGAACCGGACCACGGCGACUUGUUCGACCAACGACGACGAGAGGAAGCUGCGGCGCAUGAUAUCGAACCGAGAGUCCGCCCGGCGGUCACGGUGGCGGAAGAAGAGGCAUUUGGAAGAUCUGAGCAAUGAGGUGAACCGGUUGGUGAUCGAGAACCAGGACUUGAAGGACCGGCUCGGCCGGGUUUUGAACCGCCGUCAAGUGGUUACGAGAGAAAAUGAUUGGUUGUGGAUGGAGUCCCUGGGUCUUCGGGCCAGGCUUUCGGAUCUUUGCCGGAUCUUGGCCGCCAUGCAAUCGCCUUUGGAGAAGUCUACGUAAAAAAUGAAAAGGGAAAACGGAAAAAAGAAAAAAAAACAAAAA